AUGACAUUUCCAACAUUUCGCCAGACUGUUCUAGCACUCAACAAGGAAAAAUAUUUUAAUACUGAUAAUGUGAUCCUUGGAAUUCGUGAGCAUCUAGACCUUACAGGCAAUCAGCUUCUCUUUUUGUUUUUACACAACGAUGAAUUCCAGACCAUCUUUGACUUUAAGGGCUGGAAAGCUGAUAUGAAGAAAGAUAUUAACGGUAACCCCAAGGGUAUAUUCAAGGGCAUAUUAUACAAUGUUGGAAGAUUUAUGAUUGGUAAUCCCAACUUAAGCUUCAUUCAGCCUUUCCUCUCAGGAACUGCACCACAAAGUGUAAUUCGGCAAAGGGAACCUACAAUGUACACUUUUGAAUUUGUCAAUUGUUCUCUGCUGAAAAUGCAAUCACGAAUUGACAUAAUGAAACAUUUUGCAAAUAGCAAAGGCUUUCCUUUGGAUGUAUGGAGCAUGCAAGAACAGAUGUAUUUUUUGUUAUGUGAUACAGGUGGACUCCCACGAGCAAUUGAGUGUCUAUUGAAAUGCUGCUUUGGAAAGAGAUAUGAAAUAACAGAAAUUUUUUUUCAAGGUAUUGAUUUGUUGGAUUAUAAUGCAAUCCACAAUAAUCUGGCAAGAGAUGUUGACAAUAUGUACACAAUCACAACAUGGGUCAUUGAACACAAUGAACUUGCUGAAGCCAUCAUUUAUCGAUGUCUUGCAGCAAUGCCAUCAAUGAAAUCAAACAUUCUCUCAGUCAAAUAUUCUGAUACUCUGGAGUCUUUAGAGCAUGAUCAACAUUUGAUUCUGACAGAUUAUGCUGAAAAUGACAAUCGUAUCUUGAUUACAUUACCCCCUAUUUUUAUUCAUCUUUACAUCCAAGCUCUCAAAUUAUUUGUAGUAGUAGGCAAAAUAUGUGGCAUUUCGUAUUAG